AUGCGAGGUAAGGCCUCAGCAGAUUUUCUCUUUGACGCAGAGCCAGAACGAUCGUUGCAAGCUAGACUUCGGAAAGCGAAACAAGAUAGACUGGAAGCUAUAAAAGAGAACCAAACAUCUUCAGAAUCUGAAAGAGACGAGAUUUUUUCUAUUCAUUCAGAGCAUUCGGAUUCGGAAGCUGAAACAAUGGCAGCUCCCGUAGAAAGAUUAUUAGGUGAUUAUGGUGGAGCUAAUGCACCAACCGGCCGGAUGACGAUUGUGAAUCAACCGGUCGAUGUCGCUCACUUUCAGUUGCACCCAGCAACAAUACGACAACUUGAAAAGAAACCUUUCUCUGGAAGAAUCAAUGAAGAUGCAAACAAACACUUGCAGAGGUUUCUUACUAUGACAACGUCGUUAAAAAUAGAGGGGCAUUCUGAAGAGGCGAAGAAACUGAACUUUGUGAAUGGUCUGAAGUUGAAAACUAAGCAACUAAUUGACACAGCUACCGGUGGUUCAACAAAUUUUAAAAUAGCCACGGAGAUAAAGAAGAUCAUAGAUGCUAUUGCGGCAAACGAACAUUUAGAGCUGUAUGACCGCAGUGUUAAUCAACCCGAGGGGUUAGUUGAUUUGAAGCUGUCAAAUCAAGUUGUGAAAAUGGAAGAUCAGAUCGCCGCUGAAGUUGAACGCAGAUUGAAACAAAUGGCACUUGAAAAGCAAACUGUUGCACAGGUUCAACCAGCUCAGCCAAGUCAAGCGGUAAAUUGUGAAAUAUGUGGAGGACCUCACUUUGCCAUGCAUUGUGUGGUGACAGCACAACAGGUUGAGGAAAUUAAUUUUUUGAAGCAGAACAAUCCCUAUUCCAACACUUAUAAUCCCGGAUGGAAAAAUCAUCCAAAUUUUGCAUGGAAAGAUCAACAAGGAAAUGUUCCUAAACAAGGGCAACAAGGACAAAGAAAAGCAGAUUGGGAAAUUGCCAUUGAAAAAAUGGCCGCUCAGAGCUGUCAAUUCCAAGAAGAAACAAGAAGUAAUUUUCGGAACACAGGGGCAUCUAUUAAGAAUCUUGAAAUUCAAAUGAGUCAGAUAGCACAACAACUAGCAAGUCCCCAACAACCUGGUGCUCUGCCUAGUGCAACAAUUCCAAAUCCCAAAGACCACAAUAAUGUGAGUGCCAUAAUCACUAGAAGUGGUAAAGCAAAAGAAGCUAUGAAGGAAAAUGCCGAAGGAGAAGAGCCAUUAUUGGAAGUUGAUCUAGAAAUAAAGGAGAAUGAGGUGGAAGCUGAAGAGUUGGUUGUGUCGGAACCUGUGACAAAAGAGAAGGAGGUUGAACCAAAACCAACCAUCAAACUUCCUUUCCCUACAAGAAAUAAGAAGAAAGGGCAGCAUGAGAAAAAUUUUGAAAAAUUCUUGGAGAUGUUCAAAAAGAUUGAGUUAAAUAUUCCUGUCCUGGAGGCGUUGGAGCAAAUGCCUACAUAUGCCAAAUUCAUGAAGGACAUCAUCUCAAAGAAAAGAACCACCGAUCGUGACCCUAUUAUUCUAACUGAAACUUGUAGUGCUAUUUUGCAGGGUAUGAAGAUCCCGGUGAAAAAGAAGGACCGAGGUUCCGUGACUAUCCCUUGCACAAUUGGGGAUCGGUCUUUCAAGAAAGCUCUUAUCGAUUUAGGAGCAAGUGUGAGUCUCAUGCCGUUAUCUAUUUACAAAAGACUAGGAAUCGGCAAAGUGCAAGAUACAAGGAUGACACUCCAAUUUGCGGAUCACUCAGUAAAGAGACCUUACGGGAUAGUAGAAGAUGUGCUUGUAAAGAUUGAUAAGUUUGUGUUCCCGGUGGAUUUUGUCAUCUUAGAGAUGCCGGAGGAUGAAGAAAUUCCGAUAAUUUUGGGAAGACCAUUCUUAGAGACUGGAAGAUGUUUGAUAGAUAUAGAAGAAGGCACAAUGACUUUGAAGGUAUAUGAUGAGGAGUUAAAAAUUGAUGUUCGAAACACUAUGAAGUAUAAGGAUGAUGUUGCAACCAGUCAACAUAUUGAGGUAAUUGAUCAAAUUGUUAUUGAUGCACAUGCUUUAAAGUCACAACAAUUACCUUUAGAGAGGGUGUUGAGUCUAUCAAUUUUCGAUGAAACGGAAGUGGUUGACGAAAAAGAAAUGGAAGUAAUAGCAAUGAUGGGAGCGACACCAACUUGUAAAGGCUCCCGACAAAACCGAUGGGAGGAUUUAAGGCAACCUUUAAUGGAGGAAAAGAGAGGUGAAUCAAAGAAGGGGGCUGAAUUGAAACAACUUCCGGAAAACCUCAAAUACGUCUUUUUAGACACCGAAAGUAAAUGCCCGGCUAUAAUAAGUUCCCACCUUGAAGUUCUUCAAGAAAACAGGCUUGUCGAAGUUCUGAAGAAACAUAAAAGUGCCAUGGGAUGGUCUAUUGAAGAUUUGAAAGGAAUUAGUCCUACAGUUUGUAUGCACAAAAUUCUCAUGGAAGAUGAUCAAAAACCGGUAGUCCAACCCCAAAGGCGGCUAAAUCCCGCGAUGAAAGAAGUUGUCAGAAAAGAAGUUGUGAAACUUUUAGAUGCGGGGAUGAUUUACCCUAUAUCUGAUAGUUCUUGGGUGAGCCCUGUUCAUGUAGUACCAAAAAAAGGAGGAACUACAGUGAUUAAGAAUGAAAAAAAUGAAUUAAUCCCAACAAGGACGAUAGCAGUGGCACCAGAAGAUCAAGAGAAAACCGCAUUUACGUGCCCGUUUGGUGUUUUUGCUUACAGAAGGAUGCCAUUCGGAAAGAUGCCAACAGACAAAUUUAAUCCUAAACUGGGAGAAGUGUCACUUUAUGGUGCGAGAAGGUAUAGUGUUGGGUCACAAAAUUUCCCACAGAGGAAUAGAAGUCGACCAAGCAAAGAUCGAGCUUUUGAAACUAUAAAGAACAAAUUAGUGUCAGCACCAAUUGUUGUGGCACCGGAUUGGUCUCUACCUUUUGAGAUCAUGUGUGAUGCUAGUGAUAUCGCAGUAGGGGCGGUCUUAGGACAGCGUAGAGAAAAAUUGCUACAUGUUAUUUAUUAUGCUAGUCAUGUCUUGAACCCUGCACAGAUGAACUACGCAACAACUGAAAAGGAAUUGCUAGCGGUUGUUUAUGCCUUUGAUAAAUUCAGGCAAUAUCUGUUAGGUUCUAGAGACUCAAAACCAAGACUGCUGAGAUGGAUUUUACUCCUUCAGGAAUUUGACGUGGAAAUUCGUGAUAAGAAAGGGUGUGAAAACACGGUGGCGGAUCACCUUUCUCGGAUGUCACCCAUUGAGGAGACCGAAGACAAACGCCCAAUAAAGGAUGAAUUCGCAGAUGAACACAUCCUCGCUGGUAUUGGUGUACCUUGGUUUGCCGACUAUGCUAACUAUCUGGUAGGUGGGGUAAUCCCAGAUGACUUUGAUUUUAACCGAAGAAAAAAGUUUUUGCAUGAUUGCAGGUUUUACUUAUGGGAUGACCCCUUCUUGUACAAGAAAGGAAUUGAUGGGCUGAUUAGAAGAUGUGUCCCAGAGGAGGAACAAAGGGAUGUACUCAAAGCAUGCCAUGACUCAGAGUACGGGGGGCAUUUUAGUGGAGACAGAACUGCUGCAAAAGUUCUGCAAUCGGGUUUAUAUUGGCCUACCCUAUUCAAGGAUGCUCAUCAUGUCGUUCGAGAGUGUGAUAGAUGUCAAAGAACAGGUAACAUCUCCAAGAGAAACCAAAUGCCUCAGAAUGCGAUGCUGGAGGUAGAGCUGUUUGAUCUGUGGGGAAUUGACUUUAUGGGACCUUUUCCACCAUCUUGUGGAAAAAAUUACAUCCUUGUGGCAGUAGACUAUGUAUCAAAAUGGGUUGAAGCUGUAGCAUUACCCACCAAUGAUGCUAAAGUUGUGGUGAACUUCCUUAAGCAUAACAUUUUUUCUAGGUUUGGAGUGCCCAGAGCACUAAUCAGUGAUGAAGGUACUCACUUCUUAAAUAAACUGAUGGAAAACUUGUUGAGGAAGUAUAAGGUCAAACACAAAGUUGCUACCCCAUAUCAUCCUCAAACGAGUGGACAAGUCGAAGUCUCUAACAGACAAAUAAAACAAAUCCUUGAAAAGACGGUUAGUGCUUCUCGAAAAGACUGGUCUAUGAAGUUAGAUGAUGCACUAUGGGCCUACAGAACAGCGUACAAGACGCCAAUAGGUAUGUCGCCUUAUCAACUGGUUUAUGGUAAAGCCUGUCACUUACCGCUCGAACUUGAGCACAAAGCUUUUUGGGCUACUAAGUUCUUAAAUUGUGAACUGUUAAAAGCUGGUGAAUCUCGAAUUCUUCAACUCCGGGAGUUGGAAGAGUUUAGGAAUCGCGCUUAUGAGAAUGCUAAAAUGUAUAAAGAACAAACAAAGAAAUGGCAUGACCAAAAGAUUCAGAAAAAAGAGUUUUGGGAAGGACAACUGGUAUUACUCUUUAAUUCCAGGUUGAAGCUAUUUCCUGGAAAGUUAAAAUCACGAUGGUCAGGACCAUUCUUGGUUCACAAAGUGUUUCCCCACGGAGCGGUAGAACUGAAAAAUCAGGUCAACGGAGACACCUUUAAGGUGAAUGGACAGAGACUAAAACCGUACUAUCAGGGACAAGGGAGUGGUCUAAUCGAUAAUGUUCGUCUCUCCGGGUAA